AUGGAAGAACAAGCAGAGACCAAGGAGCGACUUCAGCGAGCACCCUUCGAGACCGCACUGCAUCACGCCGGUUACGGCUGCUUUCAAUGGCUGUUGCUGAUGUCCUGCGGAGCAGUAUACGCGGUCUGUGCACUCAGCACAACGACACUCAGCUUCGUGCUGCCGGCCGCCGAGUGCGAUUUCAUGCUGUCCUCCAGCGACAAGGGCAGGCUCACCGCGACCCCACUCAUUGGGAUGUGCGUGGGAUCGUAUUUCUGGGGCAACCUGGCAGACGCACGUGGUCGCAAGAAGGCGAUCAUCGGGGCCCUCCUGCUUGAUGCACUCGCUGCCUUUCUUUCCAGUCUGGUGCAAUCAUUCCCGGCAUUCCUGGCGUGCAGGUUUUUCUCCGGCUUUGGCAUUAUCGGUGCCACGGGCCUGAUAUUUCCGUACUUCGGGGACUUUUUGUCUGUGAGGCAUCGGGACGUCAUGCUGUGUAGGCUCGAGGUGUUCUGGACCUUUGGAACGAUCUUACUACCAGGUAUAGCCUGGCUUAUCAUCCAAGAUCCUCGCUUCAACCUAACCGCCCCUGGCGCUGACUUCCAGUACACAUCUUGGAGAGUGUUUGUAGCCGCGUGUGGAAUACCAAGUCUGCUUGUGGUUAUGCUGCUGUUCCCAUUCCCUGAGAGUCCGAGAUAUCUGCUGCAUGCAAAUAAACCGGAACAAGCACUACAAGUGCUGCAAAGGAUUUUCACAGUCAAUUCUAAGCUUCAAGAGAAGGACUUCCCGGUGGAGUCCAUGAUCUGCGCAGGGGAGGAGGGUGAGGAGGAAGAGGUGGUGUCGGCUGACAAUAACGGCAACGAGACCAAAACCCCGCUAACCUGGAGUAAACGCUGGCAUGCCUUCUGGAUCAGGAAGAAGUUGCUCGUCACUCCACCGUACAUCGGUCUCCUAGUGUUAUGCUGUUUUGUUGAUUUCGGCCUGAUGUUCAGCUACUACACCCUGAUGAUGUGGUUCCCGGACCUGUUUGAGCGGUUCAGCCAGUUCUCCUCGCUAUACCAAGGGGUGUCUGCUGGCGUCUGCGAAGUGUCAGCGAAUGUCACAAGAAGUGAAGUGGAUGGCCGGCCAGACUGUCCACAGAACAUAGACGACAAAGUGUACAUCCACACGCUGGUGGUGGCGCUAAGUUGCAUCCCCACUGCACUGUGGGUGGGUCUAACCAUUAACAUGGUGGGGAAGAAGCUUAUGCUCGUGAUGAUGCUGAUCAGCUCUGGCCUCGCUGCGCUGGGAUUGAACCUGGUGCGCUCCUCCCUGGAGAAUCUAUUGCUCUCUUGCGUGUUCGAGGCCAUCGUCAGCUGUACGGAAGCUGUGAUGUUUUGUGUUGUCUGCGAGAUUUUCCCCACUAAUGUCGUAGCAACAGCAAUGGCUGUAACGGUUAUGAGCGGUCGAGUGGGGGCGAUCGUGGGUAACGUGGUGUUUGGUGCCCUGGUCGAUCAACACUGCGUCGUGCCUAUAUAUAUAUUUGGAACAUUACUGAUAUCGAGCGGAUUUCUGUGUAUGAUAUUGCCCAAGAGUACGCGACCGGAGCGGCCGCAGUGA